AUGGCUACUGGAUAUGAGCCAUAUUUUGAUCCAGACUAUGAAUCUUUGAUUGAGAGAAUACAUGCUCCAAGAGUUUGCGUAGAUAAUGAAACAUGUACAGAUUGUACACUUGUGAAAGUAGACAGAGCAAACAAACACGAGAUACUGGUAGAGAUGGUUCAAGUUCUCACGGAUCUUGAUCUCCUCAUCUCCAAAUCAUACAUCUCCUCUGAUGGAGGUUGGUGUAUGGACGUGUUCCAUGUGACGGACCAACUUGGGCACAAACUAACUGACAAUACCCUCAUCCGUUACAUCGAGCAGUCGUUAUGUGGCGGAAGGAGGGGAGAUAAAACAGAAGUGAAUGAGGUAACCUCCAACAGAACGUGCAUAGGCAGUAUAAUGAGAUCACUGCAUGCAUCAACAGAUUACACUGCGUUUGAAUUGAUGGCAAUAGAUAAACCUGGCUUACUGUCUGAAAUCUCUGCUGUAUUGGCUGAGCUUCGCUGCAAUGUGGCUGCUGCUGUUGUCUGGACUCACAAGAAGCGCGCAGCAAGCGUCUUGUACAUAGAGGAUGAAUCAAAAGGAGGUGGACCCAUAACAAGUUCCGAAAGAAUGCUCCGUGUGGAAGAACAACUUGCGAUUGUUGUAGGUUCCCAUCAUUGCAAGGGUGAGAGAAGAAUAAUGAGGUUGGUAGAGGAUCCGCCUUCAGAGAGGGUACACACUGGACGUCGAUUACAUCAACUGAUGCAAGCAGAUAUGCACCAUGAGAUCAGCUGCAGCAAAGAUGGGAAUGACAGUGGUAAGAGGAGGCGUAGCGGCAGUAAUAAUAAUAUAGUGACAGAAGUGUGUAUAGAGAACUGCAACGAGAAAGGGUACACAGUGGUGAAUGUGAGAUGUAAAGACCGGCCAAAGCUGUUAUUCGACACUGUAUGCACUUUGACAGAUUUGGGGUACGUGGUGUUUCAUGCUGCUAUAAGCUCCAGAGACUCCCUUGCUGUCCAGGAAUACUAUAUCAGGCGGAGAGAUGGCUGCACUCUGGAUUCAGAGAGGGAGAGACAAAGGGUCAUGCAGUCCUUGGUAGAAGCUGCGGAACGCAGGGUUUCCCAUGGGGUGAAGUUAGAUGUGUGCACUAAGAACAGAGUGGGAUUGCUAUCAGAUAUUACUAGGGUGUUCCGAGAGCAUGGCUUGUCUGUGUCAAGGGCAGAAAUUAGUACUCUUGGAGAGAAGGCAAUUGGGUCAUUCUACGUUACAGAUGCAUAUACAGGAAAAAAUGCAGAUCCCAAGACCGUGGAGCUGGUCAGAAGUGAGAUUGGCGCGACAGUUUUAGAGGCUAAUAAAUCAAUUUCAGCAGAAUGGUCCAGCAAUGGUUCCAACUCCCAGAACAAUAGAAGCAGUAGUACUUGCAGUGGGGAUGUAGAGGAAAGGCCUGCAAAAUCGUCCCUGGGCUUGGGAAGUCUGUUGUGGGCUCCGUUUGUGCGUCUCUCAAGUAAUUCGUGGGGUUCAGCUUGA